UAUUUCAAAAGUGUCAAACACCGUAGAAACAACACAUAAUCCGAAUACGAUUUCAAAAAAAAUACUAACAAAGGAACAGGUUUAGGACAUGAUUUUGCCGGCGAAUCGUGCAAUUUUUUUCUCCAUUUUUCAUGUUUAUCGUGCGCAGUUAGUACGUCCGUUUUGUUUGGAAAAGAUGACUACGCAAAGUAAAUGGAAGGUUGAGAAAAACAAGAUUGCUAAUUUGCCUUUGGAGGAGAAGAGGAAGUUAUAUAAACCGGGCGACUUUAUCAUUCUUGACAAAGUCGAUCCGUGGUGCAAGUUUGUGAUCAAAAAUCGCGAUAUUGAGAUGUUGAAGCACACCUUGGAUGACCUUACGGAGUUCCAGAAGAUUAAACUUGACCCUUCUAAAGAUAAAGAGCUCUCUGAGAAGGUGUCAAUUUUCCAAGGAGAUAUCACAAAGUUGGAGAUUGAUGCAAUUGUAAACGCAGCCAAUUCCCGCCUCAUUGCUGGUGGGGGUGUCGAUGGAGCCAUUCACCGGGCUGCUGGGCCCUUUCUACAGGAAGAGUGCAAUUCCCUCCACGGCUGCGGCACUGGGGAAGCCAAGAUUACAAGUGGCUACAAUCUGCCUGCUAAAUACGUCAUUCACACUGUUGGCCCUCGUGAUGGUUCAGUGACAGCCCUGCAGUCCUGUUACGACAAGAGUCUCGCCUUCCACCACGAGCACAAAAUCAAGUCCAUCGCCUUCCCUUGCAUUGCUACCGGCAUUUACGGCUUCCCCAACCGUCUGGCUGCUCACAUCGCACUGCGUACAGCCAGAAAGUUCCUUGAGGCUAACGAAGAAAUGGAACGCAUCAUAUUCUGCACGUUCAUGCCGGUUGAUGUGGACAUAUACAAGACUUUGAUGCAGAUGUACUUCCCAGUGCACGGUUGGAAUUACAACGACGGGGCUUCAGUCUCUGAGUAAUUCGUAGGGACAGCCAUUCUUUUUGAAAUUUUUCAGGACAAACUAAUGUAAUGCGAUUAUCACACUGCACCGCAGUCCGCGUGGCGACAUACAGUGUGAAGUGCCGCGCGUGUUUUCUAUACAAACUGAGGUACUUGCAUAUAAUGAUUAAAUCUGUCGUCCCGCGUACCGCGGCGGAGCGGAGUGCAGUGUGAUAAACGCCUAAAUUAAAGGCAUUAUAUCAAACUAUUUUUUACAAUUGCCACCUCAACACUAAGCCAGUUGAGUUGAGUUCUGUAUACUCGUGUAAUCUUUGAGGCUAAAACAAAAUUGAGUCUUAUUUUGUGGCUGACAACGUCCAUUUACUAUAAACCCACCAAGAAGGCCUCGGUUUUUUCGAAUGAGGUAAAAAUUGGCCUAACUAUUGAUAUAGUCAUUUAUUCAUGAUGUAAUUUUACUCGUAGACUAAGUCCAUGGCACAAGGUGCCGUUUUGUAUACGUAUAGCUUGAGUAUACUUUAUUUAUUUUUGCAUACAAGGGGAACUUUUAUCGAAUAAAAUCAAAGUAAAAUCAUGUUUCGCCGAGCGACAUGAUUACAUUAAUUUUGGUUUUAAUCAAUUUUCUAGUUAGAUUAUAAGUUUUUGAAAAAUUUAUUGUGAUACCUUUUGAAAAGACUUGUAUGAUUAUUGGUAUUGAACUUCCCAGCUUUUUAUUGUAAUUUGCAUAAUAUAAUAUUUUUAAAUGUGAAA